AAGAUGUUGAAGAUAUCAGCUGAUAUCCCGACAGGGUAAAACACAACCUGCGCUGAAAGAAUCUGUCCACGUGCGCGAAGUGCUGCACACUGCAUCGCGAGCAGCUGCUGCAGUUGAAACAAACACGGAGUGGGAGAUAACACGCACUGAGAAAGAGAGAACCGGAAUGGCCAAGUCAGUGGAAUAAGUUUUAUUUUUAUUUUCUCCUACAUUUUUUCUGCCAUUUCCCUCUCCAAGGUGCUGAACGAUACAGAGAGAAAUACAGCCUCGAGGGCAUCUCUUUCAACGGCAGAAUGCGCGCGCCUUCGUGCGUCAGAUGAGAAAGGUGUGGACCGGCAGGUGACCGCUGGCGGGUUUUGGUACCGGGUGCACAUGCUUCAUCGGACACCUGGUCUCCCACCGUCGUCAUUUUUUAGAGAGCCCUCCCUACAGACGGACUCUCUGCGCCGCGCCUGCCCCAACCGACCGGGACCGGACCGCGACCGAGGGCGGUGAGGGUCGCCGAGGUCGCGCCCGCGGCCGCCUCAGGAUGGCCGAGCGCCGGGCCGGCCCCCUGUCCUUGCUCUGCAGGGGCCGCAGGGUCGGGGGCCGCCACCGCAAGGCCCCGGGGCCCAACGGCCACGCCAGCGCCUGCAUCGCCGUGGAGACCGGCCGGGAGGAGGGAGACGACGCCCCCGGCGACGCUAGCGCUAGCGCUAACGCCGGCGGAGCGUGCUACUCUCCUGUUUCACUGGAACUGGACCCUGCGGUGAAUAAUGGAUCAGGCGUUCCCCGCGGCCCUCUCGCCGACACAAAGGACCCAGCCUUGCAGAUCGACGGCCGGCCCUCCUCCUCCUCCUCCUCCUCCUCCUUUCCUCCCGUCGCGACCGCCACGGCCGCUGUCCACCCCGCCCGCCCGCCCAAGCGCUUCCACAACCACCCGUACCGCACCAAGACUAGCAUGCAGGGCGAUGUCUACAACUUCCUGGAGAGACCCGCGGGGCUGAAGUGCUUCCUGUACCACUUCUUAGUGUUCUUAAUGGUGCUGGUGUGUUUGAUCUUCAGUGUCCUCUCCACGAUUGAGCAGUAUGCCGACUUUGCCAGUGGGACACUCUUUUGGAUGGAAAUCGUCCUGGUGCUGUUUUUCGGUACGGAGUACGUGGUGCGCCUGUGGUCCGCCGGGUGCCGGAGCAAAUACGUGGGCAUCAGAGGGCGGCUCCGCUUCGCCAGGAAGCCCAUUUCCAUCAUAGAUUUGAUUGUUGUUAUCGCCUCAGUCAUUGUACUGAGUGUGGGGUCCAAUGGCCAGGUGUUUGCAACCUCUGCCAUCAGAGGGAUCCGCUUCCUGCAGAUUCUGCGAAUGCUGCAUGUGGACCGGCAGGGAGGCACCUGGAGGCUUCUGGGAUCUGUAGUCUUUAUCCAUAGACAGGAGCUGAUAACCACCCUGUAUAUCGGCUUCCUUGGCCUCAUCUUCUCUUCCUACUUUGUGUACCUGGCUGAGAAGGAUGCGGUGGAUGAGGAAGGGAGGACUGGCUUCUCCAGCUAUGCUGAUGCCUUAUGGUGGGGUGUGGUCACCGUGACGACGAUAGGCUACGGAGACAAAGUUCCGCAGACGUGGAUUGGGAAAACCAUCGCCUCCUGCUUCAGCGUGUUCGCCAUCUCCUUCUUCGCCCUGCCUGCCGGAAUUCUGGGCUCAGGAUUUGCCCUGAAGGUCCAACAGAAACAGAGACAGAAACACUUCAACAGACAGAUUCCUGCCGCUGCCUCCCUGAUCCAGACGCUGUGGCGAUGCUAUGCGGCAGAAAAGCCGGGAGGUUGCCCAGCAACGUGGAAGAUGUACGUGCUGACUGGUGACUACGUGCCCACCACCAGCUCUGAGACCUCCAGCCCAAACUUCAAGUUACUGAACAAACGAUCCAAAAGAAAAGCCAAGUCCCUGCGGGACAACGGCUCGGUCCCGCCCAUGACCCCCACCGAAAAGGCCCUGUCCAUUCCCCACAUAACCUUCGACCACAUCGACGACAAGGACGAGAAGAAAGAGGUGCCCUUUUUCCUGGAGGAGCCGCCAGGACUUGCGAGGAUGUUCCGGCAGACAGCUGGUCAGCAGCACUCCUGGUCCUCCUUCAAUCUGAGCUGUCCUCCCUCUCCAGUCAAGAAAAGGCUGGAGGGCCCGUCCGUAGACAUUUCCCGAACGAACAGCUUCGCGGACGACAUGGACUUCGCCGGCGAGGAGAUCCCCCUCCCGGUGGUGACUGACGCAGCACAUCUGUUGACAAGCCCAUUCGUGGCAAACGUCCAGGACUCUGUCUCCACGCACGUCUUGAACACGAGAAGGUUGUCCCACGCCCACAGAUCAGCGGUCAAAGUUAUCCGAAGAAUGCAGUACUUCGUGGCCCGGCGGAAAUUUCAGCAAGCGAGGAAGCCGUACGACGUGCGGGACGUGAUAGAGCAGUACUCCCAGGGUCACCUCAACAUGACGGUCCGCAUUAAGGAGCUGCAGAGGAGGCUGGACCAUUCUUUGGGAAAACCGGGAAUUUUUCUACCAGAAAAAGGUGUCGAUAAGGAAUAUUACACGAUUGGAGCCAGGCUGAUCCGAUUGGAGGAUAAGGUGGUGCAGAUGGACCAGAAGAUGGAGGAGAUGCUGAAGAUCCUGGUGGAGCAGUUCAGGCCAGCACCGCAGGCCCAGCCAACUCCUGCCCCCUUCACCUCCCGCAUUACUGUGAUGAAGCACUUGGGUGUCAGCAUGGACGAGGGCCUGUGACAUCAUCAGCAGAAGGUUGGGAAAUCAUCAGUGGCAAAUUGUGACAUCACCAGUGGGAUGAGACAAAUUUCAGACAUGCCCCUCCCCCCAGCCCCCACCCCCUCAGCUGGCAGGAGAGUUUUGCCGGUCUCUGCACCCCUCCCACUCCAGUGAAAAAUCACCAGGCAAUGACCUCUGACCCCAGAAAAAGCGAGAGGGGGGAAAAACAAAAGCAGGAAAACCCGGGCCUGGCGCUCGCUGCCUCCAGCCUCUGUUGGAGAGAGAGGAGCAGGGAGACCUGGCAGUGCUGGAGCCUGAAUCAAAGCCUAUUCUGGGAGUCUACGCUGUGAGAGUCUCUCCAUCUCUCUCUCUCUCUCUCACACUCUCACUCUCUCACAGUCUCUCGCUCUCUCUCUCUCUCACUCUCACUCUCUGUCUCUCUUCAGAAGUUCGUCUUGAAGGACACACAGGUACACCUACAAGGCACGGAAAAUAAAAAAUAUCGCUGGAGAAAACUGAUACUUUUUAGAAAUAAGUGCAAAUGACAGAUUAUUAUUAUUAUUAUUAUUAUUAUUAUUAUUAUUAUUAUUAUUUAUAAUAGAGGUAUGAAAAUAUUUUUUUUCCAAUAAUUAUUUGGACAAUGAGCGUCCGACGCUGUAUUUUUAAACAUAAAAAUAUUUUUUGUAUAGACGGAGCAGAUCCAAGAGCAGUUUUAAAAGAAUGAAAAUGGAUGGGAAUGGAGUAACACGCUGAAAUUAACGAGGCCGUCUGGCCUCAAAUUUGUCAAACUGUUCAGAAGAACACAGUGUCCUUGGAACGUGAGCGCCAAAAUAAAUAUUUUAAUAUUUCCACCAAAUUAUAUGCAAAUUUAAGACAUUAAAAUGCCUUGCGCAUGUUCAUGGCUACAGUAUAGGAAUGGGGUUAUUGGUAUCUGCUGAAUUUCGGGACUUUCAGUUCUGAUGUCAGUGCAAAACAGCAGUGCAAACAUGCUGCAAGUAUUAAUCUGGAAGUGAUUUAUGGCCUGCUUACGAUACUCGAAGUAGUAAAGCAGCCAUAACUGAGCUUAAUAUAAUAUUUCAGGAGCGCAGACCGGAAUAGAGGGAGUUAUGAUUGGCUGUGUAGUUUAUAUAGAGGCGGGUGCCAGGAUUUUCUGCAAAAUAUUAAUGUAUAGAUUAUUAUUUUCCUUCCCUGGUCUGCAGCUGAAGUGCCCCGUCGGAUUCUGCGAUUAUUUUCCCUCUCGUGGGGGGAAAUUGCGCUGGGUUCCUUCUCCACCGUGAGAUUAGGGCGUGCGAAUGAUUUAUGAAAGAGAAACAGCGGCAGAAACGUGUCCGAUUUAGAGAAAAGUCUUUGAAAAUCCACAUGGCUCUCUGUAAGCGCAAUGGCCUGGGUGAAAGGCUGAGAAGGGCAGUGCCUACGGCUCAAAUUAAGAUGAGCUCAUGGGCACUGCUCCACUAGACCCUGUCGGCUUCCACCCUGUUCGUUGAAAUAGUGUACUUUGCCCUGAGGGACAUGUGCUGUAGUGUUCCUUAUUUCUGGCCAGUCGCCUUGAAGUGUCCGGGUAAGGAGUUUUUUUUUACUCUAGUUUGAUCGUGCUUGCUGUUGAGCAUCUAUCCAGUCCUCUUUUAUUUAGCUGGUUUGAAGCACUUUGGGCAUCUUCUUUUAUAGCUCGUAUUCAAUAGAAGUUCCAAAUAUUUGUUUUCGGUCACUUUGAGGGGGCACAAAGUAUGUCACAGUCACCAAUGAGGAUUCUGUAUAAUUAACCCUUGACCUUUAGAGCAUUCUGUGAAAUCCACAAAAUGUGAAUAAUGCAAGGAUUUCCACAUUUCAUUUGUUACAUUGCAUUUGAAAGUGAAUCGGCACCCCAUGCAGUGAACUUUUCAAACCGACUUUUAAAAGUCGUUAACCGUGUGAGACAGGAUGCACAAGGUUAUACAGUAAAACCAUCUGGCCAUUUGGCCGUCUGUACAGUUUUGUAAGUGAUGUAAAUAAUGUUGCCUUAUGUGUAUAGCAAAAUUAAAAUCUGAGUGAUGUUAAGAUGAAGGUGAACAAGUCAUGAAAGAUUAGAAGAAUUAAAUUAUUUAUGAGACAAACAUGGUUCUGCAAAAAUUGUACAUCACUGUUUCUUGGAGCAUGGUGUAAAUAA